UAUAAAAGCAAUUGCGAAAUUCAGAAUAGUGUGUUUACAAGUUGUGACAUUUUAUUAUAAAUACCAGUAGGCUCUUUUUUGGUAUUUAAAGUAAUAAACAAGAAGAACAAUUAUUAACAAUGAAUUCUUGGACGAUUUUUGGUUGUCUAUUUAUUAGUGUUUCUGUUUCAUUUCUCUUUACUCAAGCUGUGCCAAUUAAACCAGAAAUUCUAGAAUUAGAAACAAACGGCAACUCAGUUUUAUCAAUCCGUACCAAGAGAAAUCCAAUACCAGUGUAUCCUCACAGAACGAUGAUGUUAGCCGGUUUCUAUCGACCAGUGCGGCACUCAGUUGGUAGCCAAGCUGGAGGAGUAUUCGCACAAGGUAAUGCUGUGAGCGGUGGUGCUUACCUUCGUGCUAAUCAACCGAAUUAUCUGGCGCGCGGUCCGGAACCUGUUGAUGAAUCUGAUGUAUCAAGCGCUGAAGCUGAAGCUGCACCUGAACAACAAGAGGAACCUGCAGUCGAUGAUGAAGAUCAAAGUAAUCCUCCAAGUGGGUAUGAAGAGGAAUCAGAGCCUCAUCAGUGGCAAGAGCAUACCAAUCCACAUACAAGACAACCUAGUCAAGAGGAAGAAGAAUCACCUUCACAUCCAUCUGAAUCCCCAGUCGGCGAAGAACCAGACGUACCGCAAACAAGUGUUGCAAAACGACCGUCUAAAACUCCAGGAUCUAAGAAAACAAAAAAAACAUCAGUUUAUGUAGAUAAUGAUAAUCAACAACAAUCAGAUGAAGAUGAUGAAGAAGAUGAAACUGAUGAAGAACCUAAUGUACCUUUUGUGCCAUUCAAAGCCAAUAGAAAAAAUAAUAUGCCCAAUCUUAACAACUUCUUUCCAAUGGUCUUCAGUUUUCCAAAAUCUUAUUCUCGUGAUGGCUCUUCUGGUUCCCCACCCGGAAUGAUUACUGCAAUAGCUAAUAGUUUUUCAACUGGGAAAGGAGGUGUUGCAAGUUCUGUAGCUACAGCAUACGGUGGAUCACCUAAUGGAAAGAAAAAACGUAAUCAAUCAUCCCACGAUGAUUAGGAAUAACUGAAACACUUGACAUUUGGCUAUUGAAGGAAGUUGAAUCCUGAAGAUUUGUAAUUGAUGAUAUUGCUUUAAUAUGAGUUUUAAAGAAGAGGCAUUUAGAUCAUUGAACUGAUUUAAAUUUCAUCUUGUUUUGAAAAUGUUAAAAAUAAUUACAGUUAGUUAUAAUAUAGUAUAGAAUGGUGAGAAAAAAAAUUAAUAUUAAUAAUGUAUAAUAAAGAUAUGAUAGGAAUAAAAAGAGAUCUUUGUAAGGAUAUUGUUAUUACAUAUGAGCUUGGUGUAAAUUGUAUUGGAAUAAAAUGCUUGAAUUAUUUAGAUAAA